AUGUUGAUUUUAACAGGGCUCUUCUGGAGCAGUUCUGCUCAUUCUCGUCCGUACCACUAUAUAAAUGUGAGAAUGUCGUGGCCAGAGGCUCAGAGUUACUGCAGAGAGAGAUUCACUGCUCUGGCUACUGUAGACAGCAUGGGUGAUAUGAACAGGCUGGUAAAUAUAGUGGAUGCUGGAUACAGUGGAUCAGUGUGGAUUGGACUGAAGAAGGGGACACAGAAACGCUGGGGUUGGUCUAAUGGAGAAAACACAUCUUCUCAGUACUAUAACUGGGGUUCAGCACAGCCAAAUGGGGAUGGAGAUUGUGUAGUUAUUUAUUCUGGAGUUUGGCAUUAUAUGUUAUGUAGCUAUAAGCGAUAUUUUGUGUGCUAUGAAACUUCUGGAUACAUCUUGGUACAGAGCGCUAAAAACUGGAGUGAUGCUCAGAGCUACUGUAGACAGCAUCACACAGACCUUCCCACCAUCCACAACUCUGAGCAAAAUAACCAGAUAACUAAGAUCCUUUUAUCUGGAUAUUACAUCUGGAUCUGUCUGUUUCUGGACUCUUGGGAAUGGUCUGAUAAAUGGAUCCUCUUCUUCAGACAUUGGGCAGCAGGUCAACCAUCCCAGAGUUCAGGAUCUGGUGACUGUGUUGGCAUGUCAAAAACCAGUUCUGGCAGAUGGUCUCAAUAUAGCUGUGAUCUACAGCAGCCUUUUAUCUGCAAUGGAGAUGACAAGUUAAUUAAAAAACAGAUCAUCAGACUGAAAUUGUCCUGUAAUGGAAAAUGCACAUUGAAUGAUCCUUCACUACAGACGACCGUUCUGAAUGAGAUAAGUGAAAAGCUGAAGAGCAUGGGGCUGGAAAGUGACAGAAAAUUAAGCUGGAGAAAGAGAGAAGAUGAAGAGGUGUUUCAUCUGGAGAGCAACCGUACAGCCAAUUCAAAUAACAAAUGUAAUAGGCAGUAA